CUUUAAAAUUUAUAAAUUGUCGCAUGUCUGUUAUAUUCGUUCUCAUGUAUUAUUCAUAUUUUAUAUAUUUUUUAUGGGUGGUUAUGUAAGAAAGAUGAAAGUAUAAGUCAAAAAAUUUUAUAGUUGCGCAUGUGUUUCAUUAUCCGACCCUUCAGACGCCGCAUGACUUAACCUCUUGAAAUAUAUAUUUUGUUAUUUAUAUUUAUAUACUUUAUAAAACAUGAAGUAAACAUAUAUAAUAAAGUAAAUAAUAAAUGUAUAUUAAUUAUUUAAUUGAGAUAAAGUUGUAAAUAAUUUAAAAAUAUGACUAGUUUAGUUUAUCGGCAUUUAGGAUUGUACAGAAAUGGAUUAUCAAAACAAUAUAAAUCAAUACUGCUAAAGAGAUUUAUGUCAAUGCACAAAGGUGCAUAUGAUGGAGAUGGAAGAACAACCGUAACAAUUUUAAAUAAAGAUCCCGAAUACGGACUAAUGAUUGAUGGUGUCAGUUGUACGGGAUUUAGAUUAAAUAUUGGAUUGAAUAUAUUAGGAGCAAUGAUAAUAUUUCCAAAAACUGUACUUGGAUGGAACAUAGCUUCAGCAAGUGAUAUACAUAAGGAUUCAUUAACAUUAUUUAAAGCAAUAAUUCCAAGACCGGACAUAAUGAUACUUGGUCUAGAUGAUAAUUAUCCACGUGAUGCUCCAUUUAUUAAAGAUUUUCGUAACAUUAUCAAAGACUUAGAUAUCAAUGUUGAAAUUUUACCAGUUAUAAAAGCUUGUACGACUUUUAAUUUUUUAAACUCGGAAAACAGAUACGUCGUUGGUGCAUUGUUGCCACCAAGAGUUCUUGAGAAACACGAUACUCAAUUAAUUGAAGAUGUUGCUCUUCGAAAAGCAUUAAGAAACCCUGUAAAAGGAACUGAUUAAAUUUUUAAUUUACUUAUGUUAUGUAUACUAUAGUUUUAUUAAAUAAAAAUUAUGUAAAAAUGUAAAAUAACUUAUAUGAUAGUUUUGUUUUUACUUUUAAAUCGUAAAAAAUAAUCUCAUUAAAUCAUUUAAUAAAAUAAUCAGCAAUAAAAACUUUAUGAUUUAACAAAUUAUUAAAAACAAAAUAAUUAUAGAUAAGAAAAUUUUUUCUUAAUUUCACAACGUCCCAGUUACUUUUUUUGUGAUUUCAGUCUUUUUUGUAAAAAUAACAUUAUAGACAAAAAGUGAUAGAUUUUUGACGUGUACCUAACGCGGUUUUUUUUACAAAGAAUCUGUUUUUGUUCGGAUUUUUUUUUUUUUUUA